AUUACACCCGCGGUCGAUCCCAAAUUCGGAAACUCUUUUUUUUUUGACAACCGAGUUCACUUCGCCUAAACGCUAAAGGGAUCGAUACCACAACUGUCUGUUUCAGUACGUGUUACUCAAGAACCCAUAUGAACUAAGGUUUCAUGGCGUUAAUCUUCAUCUUUUUCAGACCUCUAUUUCUCUUGCCAGCUCCUGGAGGAUAGCAAGCCGCUGACCAUGCCCUUCCGCACGUCCUUCAAAGCUUUCAAGAACGACUAACUAUACGCACGCUACUCAAUGCUGUGUCCUCGCGUUCACAAAUAACAUUUACGUAUGAGAUAUCGGACGCACAGCGGUGCACGCUGGUGGCUCAACAUUUAGGAUGUUUUGGGAGAAACGAUUCGUCAGGUACAUUUAUAUUGCGUGGCAAUGCUUACGAAAUGGUCACCGCGUCAGGAAUGAAUUUAUGUCAGAUAAAAUACCGCUUGUUGCUUUGGGCAGGUCAGGAAGUAGACGGUUCCAUGCAGACCAAGACUCCCAGUCACGAAGAAGUAUGUAUAUUUAUGUCGACCUUCUGCGAUUCGACUUUCCCGUUAUUCGGCGAAGCUAAUGAGGCAACGAUACCAUUUGCACCUCCAGAGACACCUGUACUUUUCAGCUAUUUCGCUACAGAUUCACAUCUCUGGGCUAUCCUUAACGCUGAGAUCACACACGAAAACCCCGUAGAGGACAGGCAUCGCCGGCUCGUGCAGAGCCACCGAAGUAGGCCGUGCGACAGAGAGCUCAAAUUAAAUGCCAAGAUCAGAGAUGAACCUGAUGAGAGCAAGAAGCCACGUCGUUUUGCACUGAUGACUUCCUUCUAUGCUAUUAUAGGAAAUACUCAAUUAUGCACCCUCUCGGCCUGUCAACUCCGAGGAGAAAGACCUCAUCUGGAAGUUUCGUUUCUACCUCGCCCGGGACAAGCGCGGGCUUACCAGAUUCCUCAGAUCUGUCACUUGGCGCGAUCCUUCGAAAGUGAAGCAAGCAGUGGAGGAGCAUGGGGUCGAGCCGAGUGUUAUUGAUACAUUUAUGCUUAGUUGUG